AUGGACACUGCUGCGGCACAAUCAACCAAAGUCUGCAUUGUUUGCUCUUACUGUUAUUCAGAUAGCGCGAUUCCGUCGUACGCCGUAAUGAUCACCGAUUUGCAACCGGAAGCCGGCGGCGAUGUUAGUGAUGAGUCAAUCAUCUCCAUUCGCCCCACAUUUCUCAUCGAUGGAAUCUCUUUCGACGACGGCCUCUACAAUUUCUGCGUUCUGAAUUCAACCCUGUACAUGAUCGAGAUGGGCAUCCAUACCAUCGCCCGAUCCCUGGGAGGGAAAUCGGUAUAUACCUACGAUCUGUCGCGGUACCUGAAAGACAGCGGCGGCGCCGUGUGCGGUGACAUUUUGCGUAAAGACGAUCUGCUGGCCGCGCCGGAAAUGUUGUACCCCAAAUUCCUUCCUUUCGUGAGCCCCACGCCCGACGGAAAGAGGAUUGUGGUAUUUUCAUCUACUAUUACUACCAGUGCUGAAGAAAUCGAUUUCGAGGUGUACGACCCGCAGAACAAGGCCUGGCAGAAGCUCCCGUCGCUACGAGACUAUCUGCUCAGGACGGGGUGCCAUUGUCCCGAGGACAUUGAAAUACAAGGAUUUACUUUCCUCACGAGCUCAGUCAUGCUUUUCCAAACGAGUGAAGGAAUUUUCAUAUUUGAUAUCGAUAUGCCGAAGCUCGGUUGGCAUAAGCAGGAUUCGUAUCUUGGGGCCAAGAGAAUCCCUUUCAAUGAUCGCUUUUUCGUAAUCGAAGAUGGGAUUCAGCUAUGCCUGGAUUCUUCCAAGGCUUACGACAUUUCCCCUAGGGCCAAGACCAAGUACAAGGAACGCUUGUUUGAUUCGAGCAUGGCCUCUUGGUAUCCUACAUCAUCGCUCGCUUUGAAUGUGGAUGUCAGGUUUGGAGUACGUUGUUCUUUCCAGACCGAUGUGGUUUAUGACGAGGAGCGUCACGCUCUUCUUGUGGUGCGCUUGCAAACGGCCCUAGAUAUGUACACGCAGAUCGCGUACAUGGUUUUGGAUGUGUCUCGCUAUAACCUCAAGAAAUACAAAGAGGAUUAUAGGAAGAAGAAGAAGAAGGAAGUUGUGGAGGGAAAAGGUCUUCUUCUGAAUGCUAGCUCUGUGGAUUCGUUCAAGUUCAAGCUUGAUAGAGAGCUGUGCUGGAGUUUUAUUCCGCACUGUGUGUCAGUUAUUCGAGCCUAA